GUGGAACGGUUGAAAGCGUUCGUGAAAUCAAAAGUUGAAGCAAAAUAGAAGCGUUUAUAUUCGUAUAAAUAAAUUUGUGGAAAAUGCUGAAACAAAUUUUUGCCUGUUUGCUAAUUGCCAUGUGCCUCAUGCACAGUGCAACUGCCAUCAAGUGCUAUCAAUGCAAAUCCCUAACGGAUGUGAAUUGCAGCAAGGACAAAUUGGAUGAAACCUCGAAUAUUCGUCAGGUGGAUUGCGACACUGUGGCAAAGCCGAACACCAUGGAGCAGCUGCAGCCCGUGACCAGGUGCAACAAGGUGGUCACCAGCGAUCGCGCUGGCGUAAUUGUCUCCCGCGACUGUCACUUCGAGGUGGUUGGACAGAAGGAGAAUGUCUGCACAGUGACGCACAGCCGCCAGGUGGAGAGCUGUUACACCUGCAAAGGUGAUCUGUGCAAUGCCUCGUCUGCAGGACGAUUUGUGGCAAUGACUUCAGCAGCGCUGCUCGCUUUAUUCGCCCUUCAAAUGGCGCUGUGAGCGGCAGCAGCUCAUUGAAUAUUCAUAAUAAUACAAUGUACAAU